AUGACUUCAAAUAUAUCUCAGCUGCUUGAGAUUGCAAUAUUUGUGCUCGGAUUUUAUUCAAUGAAUUCUGACUUAGCAGCAUGUUCUAACUUUAGUGAAGUCUUUGACUUCAAGUGGGCUCCCCAUCAUAUUAUCUCAGAAGGAGACCAGAUAAAGUUAAUUCUGGACAAUAUUUCAGGUUGUGGAUUUGAGUCUAAGAAGAAAUAUUUGUUUGGGCAAGCAAGAGUGCAGAUCAAACUAAUUGAAGGAGACUCGGCUGGAACCGUCACUGCCUUUUAUAUGUUGUCGGAAGGGCCUAAUCAUGACGAACUGGACUUGGAGUUUCUCGGCAAUGUAUCGAGUGAGCCGUACCUUGUUCAAACUAAUAUUUACGUCAGUGGCACCGGCAAUCGAGAGCAAAGGCAUACUCUUUGGUUUGAUCCCACACUUGAUUUCCACACCAACUCUUUUUUCUGGAAUCGCCAUUGCAUCGUGUUUCUUGUUGAUAGAAUUCCCAUACGGGUUUUCACUAACAAAGAAGAAAACGGUGUGCCGUUUCCAAGAAACCAAUCAAUGAGCAUCCGAGGGUCGGUGUGGAAUGCCGAUGAUUGGGCCACGCAAGGGGGGCGAGUGAAGACCAACUAG